CCAAAAAAAUUUAGGUACCAAAACGUAAUUUUCCAUCGAUAUUUUGAGGACUUAUAUGCAAAAAAAUUAAAUUUAGGUACUAAAUAUGCAUGUCUAUUAAGUUUGGGUACCAAACUAUAAUUUGUAUUUGGGCAUGGGUACAAACCCAAAUCCAUUUGAUAUAAACCCAACUCAACCCAAAGUAAAUGGGUAUGGGUACAAACCCAUCAAACUCUACCCAUAUCCAUCUAUUUGGAUUUCAUACCCAACCCAAUUGGGUUGGAUAGUAAGAAACCCAUGGGUAUGGGCAAAGUUGCCAUCCCUACUGCCAUAGAAAUGCCUUCCUAGAUACAACCCGGGAUGAAACCUCGGUGUGGACGGUGGGUAGGUACCAAUUGAAAAGAGCUAUGACCUUAAUGCCCAAGAUACGAUAGCCUAGAUCGAUGUGACUUUACAUGGGUUUAGUGGAGGCGUACUCUGAGGCGUGUAAAUAACCACUAAAAACCCAUAGAAAAGAGCUCACUCACCACAUUCGAUAAACCCUUGGUAUCUUGACAUUGCAUAGUAGUCCUAGACUAGGGUGAGAGAUAGUUCCCCGAAGUAUCUGCUUAUAUCUUUAUUUGAUCGCUAGACUAAUUAGUUCGCUCAUAUCCUCCACACAAAACACUCAAAUCGAUCGGCUAGAUAACAACAAUGUGAGAAGUAGACUAUAAUACUAGGAUCCGAGUGAAUACGACCUUAAUUGUCACUAUACUACGACAACAUAAUUUUAGGUUAAACUUGGUUGACACCUACUUUCUACUUACAAUAAUCUCCACGUAUGAAUCCGAUCAUGACAUUUUGCAGCCGAGUGAAGUGCCCGGUGAAGAUCGAGCAAACCGGGAGAGGAAGCUAAGAGGGUGCGUGACUGCGUGAGAGGAAAAUAUUGCAGCUACUACCGUAGCUGGCGACGACGAGGGAAAAUUCAGUGAACCUGGCGCCGCCCGAUUAUAACUCUCCGCUCUUAGCCCCAUCUCGUAGACCCUCUCCCCAAAUAAUGCUCGGAGAUCAAACGUCCCCUCCCGGCGAUACCGUCUCCGCUCCUCCGGAAACCGGAUCCAGUCUGUCUUCGCCGCCGCCGCCGCCGCCGCCGCCACACCCGCCUCCUCCUUCAUUCGAUCCGAGUCGAAUGAUCGGUAUAAUCAAGAGGAAGGCUUUGAUAAAAGAGUUGGCGGCUGUCUACCACGCUGAGUGCCUCGCUUAUUGCCAGGAGCUACUAGAACUUCAGAAGAAGUCGGAAGAGCCAUUUCUGGAUUCAAAGCCUCCUGAAGAUUCUAGGAAGGAGAAAACAAGACCCACCAAACGCUCCAAGAAGGGUCGGUAGUAUCUGUGUUAUAGCUGCUCGGCCACAAGUGCAGAACCCUGGAAUCCGUCUGCUAUCUUUUUGCGAAUUGUUUUAUGGAAGCCCUUUUAAAUUAAGUGCUGCUGUCAAAUUGGAUGGAUGUGUACAUCUGCAUACAUCUCUGUGGAACUUCUCAUCACAGUAAGACGUGAUCUAGUGGCGGUGAAUGUGGUUAAAUUGCAGCUGUGUUUUGCGAGUUGGUGGAGUUGCAGAGAAGGGUCAACUUCAACCUUUGCUACAUCAAUACUGGAUUAACUGGGAACUGACCACUGAACUUCCAGCUGUGCUGCUACUAAUGAUUAUAUUGUUGUUUCUUGCCAGAAUGGUAUUCGCAUAUGACGAGAUGAUCCUCGUUUUGGAGUUGAGAGAUAGCAAAGCUAAUAUAGAACGAACUGUCGAGAACUUUUUGGCUGCGAGGUCGACUCAACACAGGGCGCUGCUGGAAGCUGCUACUAUGUUCUGUCCUUUGGUCCGUAAUGUAAUUCAUA